GCCAAUCAGCUGCGGCUUUGUGUGUGACGCAUGCUCAGAUUAGCUCAGAGCGCUGCGCCGUUGAAGAGACUCCCUCACGCGCUGUUUUAGUUCAGAACAGCUAUUAAGAGAGUCACGUAGGUGAGCCACUGCAAUUCCCGAAGGACAGAUUGGUCCUCUAUUGUCCAUCAUUAAACAAAGCUCCUGAAAGACCUGUGUCACUACCUGACUCGCACUUUUUGUGCGAUGCCAAAAAGUGACACCUGGCCAGGGGGCGUUGCCAUUGAAUCUGUGUCUGGUAUGGACAGUGCAGGAAGCUGUGAUAGCGUGCUCAGCAUCAACUCUGGAUUUAGUGAUGACAGUCUGGAGCACCUUUCUGCUGAGGAGAGAGCAUGCCUUAUGUUUCUGGAGGAGACCAUUGAGUCUCUGGAGGUAGAGGAGGACAGCGGUUUGUCUAACGACGAGCCCGAUGGCCCAUCUAAUGGCCUGGAAGGAAAAACUGCUCAUCACACAUCCAUCUACCAGAACAAUACUGAGGAGCUAUCAGCCCAUGAGGAUCCAAACAAAGUGAUUGGAAGAGAUCAUAAACCACCUCAGAAGUACCUUGUGCCAACCCCAUUGCUCCUUGCCAGUGGGAAUGCUAAGAUAAUCAGCAAACCAAUGGAAUCAUCUCACAUAGAAGCACCUGUGGCAUUUAUUGAUGCACCUGAUGGGUUCAGAUCAAGCCCUGACCAUCAACAACCUGGACGGACAGUUUCUGAAAAAGCUGCUUUGAAAGUAGCAACUGAUAAACCAAGAAUUGGACUAUCAAGUGAUGUUGUGGACUUGCCACCUUCUUUCAUACCUGAACCUCCAGUUAGAACAAGCUUGCCUAGUGACUCUAAAGCCAAAGAUGGCGUUCAUAAAAGUUUGGAUGUGAAGUCUCAGCCAAAGCAGCAGAAAGUUUCCUCAGAGGUGCCGCUGGAAUUCAUUCCUCCACCCUCAGACUUCAUGGAUGAACCAACCAAGAAGAUAAGCCUGAAUUAUUUGCCACCACCUCCACCUGCUUACGAUGAGCCACCAGAAUGGAUUCCCGAACUCCCCAAAAUGGAGCCGCAUGUUUCUGGUGGAUCCAUCAAGCCAACCGAGGUGACCAAAUCAAAGAGUGUGGACCCAGAAACGUCAAGAGGGCCAUUAUCCCACAAUGAUAUCGAAAACCUGCGCAAGAAGGCCUCCGUGAAGAAAGCACCUCACUUGACACCGUUAAUGGUUACGCAACAUUCUGCAGCAGACAAAGUGAAUACACCUUCGCCAUCAUCAGAACAUGUUCCUGCUGUGCCAAAAGAGUACAGCGACACCAAAAACCCACCAGCUGUGGCACCCAAACCCAAGAAACUCCCAUCUAAUAUCAUCAUCAAAAGCCACAAAGACACCGGGACCACGCAUCCGUUACUUCUGCAGAGCGAGCGCACUCAGAUGGAUCCCCAGAAGAUCCGAGUGGAGGCUUUGAAAAAAUUGGGCCUGCUGAAGAACGAAGAGGUUGAAACAGGCCACGGCGUAUCUCCCUCUCAUUCACCAACGUUCAAAAAUAAAGCUCGUCCACAGUCUCCAUGUAACCCAACAGCACAUGUAGAACCCGUGCAAGAACUAUCUAGACUAUCUGAAAGUCCCGUACCAGGGGACAUGCAACUACGUGCAGACACUCUAAAGCACCAAGACACAAAAAGCAGGGAAGGUUCUUUGAAGAAGCAACCAAUAAGGUCCUACGAAAUCAAAUCAGCAUCCCUGGAGCGCACAGGGAUUGGAAUGGUCAUUGAACCCAUGCCACGGAUGACAAACCCAGACAGGACCCAUGUUGAGUUGUCGCCAGGUCAGUUACGAAAGAGUCAAGCUCGACCUUCAUCUCUAGGUAGUGCAAAGGACUUUGGUAUUGGCCAUCUGGCUGAUGAUUCAACCAAAUCGCUCCACGCUGCUGUCGUUCAGCCAGGCAACGAUGCCCAAAAGUUGCCCCGCUCCAAUGGAAUAAGCGUGAUGAUCUCCCCGCACGGUAAAAAUGGCGAGAACCGACGGGAAGCCUUGAAGAAACUGGGAUUACUGCGGGACUAAUAGAUGGUGGCCUUUCUCUGGGAAGUUAUUUCACAGUUUAUUUUGGGUAUUUGGACCAUUAGCAUUGAAAGGAAGAAUGCUGAAAAUGUCUCAAUGAAAUGGACUUUGACAUCAUUCAGGAUGCUUUUGGUUUCAGCUUGGUGGUCAAUUAGCAUCCUUAAGUACCUUCUUAAGUAAUUAAUACAGUUUAAUAUACGCACUUUCUUCUUAAUUGUUUUGGUAAGGCUACAUCCACAUGAAUCUGGAUGAAUUUGAAAAUAGCAUUUUCAUUUCAAAACGCUGUCCAUCCAUCCAUCCAUCCAAAAGUUGAUCGUCCACUCGGAAACAUCUGAAAACACAGGAAUGCUAAAUGAAGAUUGUACAACUUAACAUUUAUCUUAUCUUGCUACUGGCUUUCAUAGUUUUAUCUCUUAAGUGUGUCACAAGUAAAAAUGUGUCAUCAUUUUGAAAUACCUUCAUUUUCAAAGGCCAUACUAAAACUCGAAAAUGCCAUUUUAAAAUGGAUCCACUUGGGAAAAGCUCUGUUUUUGCUGGACAAAAACAUUGUUUCAGUGUGGGCCAAAACAUAGAGAUGCCUCAAAUUUCCUCAGAAGAUGUGUCUUAAAAUUUGUCCUGAUUAAUGUGGAUGUAGCUUAAGAAAAGGAAAUGUAAAUACAUUUUAUUUUGGCACAGAAUUAAGAUAAUUAUGGCUUCCAGCUCACUUUCACUUUUUGUAUUAUGUAAAAUGUAAAUGUAGUUUGCAGUAUUUUCCUCCUAAAGAAUUGAAACAUUGCAUUCCAACAAGACGAAUAUUCAGUUAUUCUAUAUUCUGAUUGUUUUUCAGUGGCUCAAAUCUAAUCGUUGGUGUAUAUAUUUCUUUGUGCCGUUCUCACUUUUUAAAAAACUUUUAAAUAAAAAUAAAAGUUGUUAUUCUUGUAAAAGAA